CGUGACCCUGUUCUGUGGCGGCGCCUCUUUGUUUGAGGUGUCGCUCUGACGCCGUCGUCUGUCACGGCCAUCCAUCACCACAGCCAAACCACAGCUCUGCCACCAUGGACUUCUCGCAAAUGAACGCGGCCGAGCAGGCCCAUAUGUCGAAGGUCAUUGAAAAGAAGCAGAUGCAAGACUUCCUGCGGAUGUAUUCCAACCUUGUGGAGCGGUGCUUUAAUUCGUGCUGUAACGAUUUCACGAGCAAGGCGCUGUCGUCAAAAGAGGAGCAGUGCGUGAUGAACUGUACGGACAAGUUCCUCAAACACUCUGAACGUGUUGGGGCUCGCUUUGCAGAACAAAAUGCUGAUGCCAUGAACAAAUGAGUUGUCAUUGGCGCGCUUGCUCGCAUCCCAUGUAUCGCUAUCGUACACCACCGUAAUAUCACUAGUAAUGCUCAGGAUUUACGGCCGCUACCUCUGCUCAUCCGCGGGAACUCCGACGUGUCGACACUCCAGGCCAAGCCUACGUAGAACUCAAUCCUUCGAAUUCUUUCCCAAGCUCGGUACGUAGCCCGCAGAUAGCGGUAUGGGUCGAUGUGAAUCGUGCUAAGCUUAGGCCGCGUCACUAGCCGGUGCCGUGGGCUGCGCUUCGGUGGGUUGUCCUCCAGCCGCAGGUUCUGGAGUGGGAACUGCUCCGCUAGCCUGGGUAUCCUGCUUCUCCUCUGCGUCAAUCUUAUCGAGCCACUUCGUGACGAACUUCUCGUGCGCGCCAUAGUUGAUCGUUGUGUCUAGUGCAUCACUGUACAGGGACAACAGUGAGUCGCAGAAAUCGCACACAAGGCAUGGUAUCUCACCGAACGACUCCC